ACAGCGAAACGCACCUCCCCGUACAGUCACUCACACACAGGGUCAGUGUGCACACUAAAGGGUGGAGUCGGUUCACUGGCACUUUUUUUUCUUCCCCGAGGGGAUCACAUCUUGACUCAAUGCACCGGGAACGAAUCCAAAGUGGAGUUUCAAGGGAAUUUAACUGCGUCCAAGCCACGCCGGGGCUGGGGUUUAACCCCCGCCUGCACAGAAUCACACCCGCUGCUGUUUUCCGUGAUUUUGAUCGUGAUUCACCGUGAGGUAAAACCCAGAGGCAAAAACCCCGAACCGGUUCUCCGUGCCGUCAUGGAGCGCCCCGCGCUGGCCCCGCAGUGCGUCCAGACCCCGCCGCGUGCAGCGCGUAAAAGUGAGUGGCUCCGGAGCGCCCUGGCCCAUCACCACGGCCCCGAUCCCUGCGCGGAUAACGAGAUCGUGGUCCUGGCCACCGGGGUGGACCAAUACCUGCAGGAGGUCUUCCACCACCUGGCCCAACCCAGCCAGGACGACUCGGUGUCGGCGCAGGAUUUCACCGCGCUGUGCGCCGUGCUGGGACUCGCCGCAGCGGAGAGAGAAGACAGGACGACACAGGGGGGAGACGCAGAUGGAGCAAAGGGCGAAGAGGACGACGAGUUUGGGGAUGCGUGCUCCGCGCUGCCCUGCCGGCUGUCCUUCAAAGACUUCCACGCGAGGCUCUGUGGGUACUUCCGUGUGCGCAGCGCGCGAGGACGGGCGACAGGCGAUGGCGCCGCGCGCCUGCCCGUCACCGAGGACACGGAGCUGGUGGAGAGACAGAUCCGGCUGCGGUGGCCCCGCGUCAGGCGGAGAAAAUGUGUGAGUUUUGAUCUGGCGAGGGAUCAGAACGGAACCGUUCACCGGUCGGUCAAAGGUCGAGCCGCAGCGGACCGCGAGCCAGAUGAGGUCGCAGCUCUGAGGGAGCUGGUGGAGGACCUCCGCUCGGCGCUGCAGGGGAGCGACGCGCGCUGCCUGGCCCUGGAGGUGGCGCUCCGGCGGGAGAGGGGCCGCGCCGCCCCCCCCCCCAGCACCAGCUUCCAGACACCGGCCUCCAGCCCCACAAGCUCCAUCACCCUCGAACAUGGCAAGCUGGUGCCCACGCGCAGGAUUAAAGGCCACUGCAGCGGCGCCGGAGGGGACGCGCCGAGGAGACGGGACAUCAGGGACCCCCUGGAGAGGGAGCUGAAGCUGAUCCGCUCCUCGCGCGACGGCCAGCUGGAGGAGGCCAUGAGGUUCAACCAGCGGCUGGAGGAGGAGCUGCGCUGGGCGUACCAGGAGGUGCGCAAGCUGCUCGGGGCGGAGCGGGCGCUGUGGAAGGAGAACGCUCACAUCAGGAGGCGGGCGGAGGAGGCCAGGGAGGCGCUGAGCUUGGGGCUUCAGAGGGUUCGGAUGAUCCAGGAGGAGGCUCAGUCUGUGCCGCAGCUCCAGCGCAGGGUCACCCAGCUGGAGGCUGAGUUGCACCAGUACCGAUCCCGAUGCACCUGCAUCCCCGACCCCGCCCGUCACGAAACGCACCCACUGGGAGAGGCGGACGCCUGCAGCAGGACAGAGUGCCUGCAGAGAGCGGUGGAGGGGAGAGCUGCCUCCGAUGAAGAGGAGGAGGACCGAGGGACGAGGGGGGAAGCGCAGUGCUGCCCGAUGGAGGUGGAGAAGCACCGCCCGCUCAGCUGGGGCGGAGGAUGUCAGAACUGCGCGGCCCAUCCAGCGGUGUCUGAAGGCCCCCCGCGUGGCAGAGACCCCGCCAGCAGGGGGCCCCGCAGCUGGAAGGGACACAUCCCAGAGAUGCUGCAGGGAAGCAGGCGCUUGGAGAAAGAAGAGAAGCCCGAGGGAGAGGAGGACAAGACGAGGCCGGAGGACAGAGAGAAGACACGUGUGUCUUUGCUGGAGGACAAGCUCACGGAUGCCCUCACACUGCUGCUGCACCUACGCAACAAGAACGUGUCCCGCCGGGCCCUGGGGAGGAUCGUGAUGGACACUCUGGAUGUGUGCAGCAGGAGCAGCGAUGGUCCAUCUCAGGUCCUGCAGGUAGCUGACGCCCUCUGUGUCCAGCUGUCCUCCAGGGAUCUCCUUGGAAACGGAGGGGAGGACGAAGGAGGAGAGAGCAGAUCAGCGUGUGAGAGGAGCAGCGCCAACCCUCUGCUCAUCUUGACCCUCUUUGGACUCUUUUCUGUGUCCAUUUAAUGUCAAUGGACAGAUCUUGUAAUGUGGGUGAGACCAUGUGGCCUCGUACAUUACAAUGCUUGGUUUCAUCUUACUAUUGAACUUUGCCUUCACUGUAAUUAUUCUUAUGCCUUAAAUGGAUACAUUUAACUGCAGCAGCUUUUAAUUUAGUGUGAAAACCCCAAAAUAAUCCACAAUGCUUGUCCAAAUGUUUUGUAACUUGUGCAAACUAUUAUCUUGUACUUAUUAUUGUCCAUUAUGCAAGUUAUUUACUUGUUAGAUGAAAGUUAUUCUCUUGUGGAAACAUUGUGCACUUUGUAAUUUGUGGUGGAGCAGCUACGAGACAUUGACCACAGUUAGACUACGUCACAUGAUCUUAGGCUACUGAGACAAGACGAGCAGACUGGAGAUCAGAUCAUCGACCCAAAAACCAACGACACUGAGGAAUGGUAUGAAAUCAUAUAGUUCUUUAAUUCCAGCAAUUUACAAAGUCCUGCAGGGAGAGAGCCGUCCUCCAGCCUUUUUUACAAGAUGAUUACAGAGGACGCACCUCGGUACCAGGGGUUCCUGUCAGUUUCCCCCAGGUUUAGUGUCUGAAUCAAAAGCUCCACCUUGAACAGGGUGUCUGUAGCCGUGAGGGGUUUGAAGCACUUCUAGUUUCAAGACGGGUUUUCUUUUCUAAAUUUCCGAUACGUGUGGAAACAUCUGAAAACAAAAAGGGACAUUUUGUACUUUUUUUUUUUCUCCCCUCUGUGCUGCUUUUUCAGCCUCAGUGUCCUCAUUUGAGCACCUUCACCAGGUGAACAAAGGCCCGCACACCACUACUGUGUCAUAUAAAGUCAUUACUACGUUACAAUCAUAAUCAACUGUACAUCUUUAGUUAAUCAAAGCUAAAUUAAAGAGACGCUACACUGUGGCAAACCUAGCUCCUGAUUGGGUUACUAUGAGUCGAGCUGGGCUCUCAUAGGUUAAGGCCAUCUAUAUGUUAAAGUU